UAAAAUAAAUAAAAACAAAAAUUAACUUCCGGACUUCAAAUCUUUAUCCAAUCCAAUUUUAUUUCAACACUCCUUUUUCUAUUCUCAUUUUCUGACCUAAUAUUUCUCAUUUUUUCUCAAACAUUUUUUUUCCCUUCUUUCUCUUUUCACAAAGAAAAAAUCACCACCACCACCACCGCCAGACACAGAUAUUUUCCUUUUUGAUCAAACACUCGAGAACCCAUUUGCCUUGAUUGAUCAUCAUGAGAGAAAUUAUAAGCAUUCAUAUAGGUCAGGCUGGAAUUCAGGUUGGAAAUUCAUGCUGGGAGCUUUAUUGCCUUGAGCAUGGCAUCCACCCUGAUGGUAUGAUGCCAAGUGACAAUACAGUUGGUGUUGCCCAUGAUGCCUUUAAUACUUUCUUUAGUGAGACAAGCUCAGGCAAGCAUGUGCCUAGAGCUAUCUUUGUUGAUUUGGAACCCACUGUUAUUGAUGAGGUUAGAACCGGGGAAUACCGCCAGUUAUUCCAUCCUGAGCAACUCAUUUCGGGCAAGGAGGAUGCUGCUAACAAUUUCGCAAGGGGACACUACACAGUUGGAAAGGAAAUUGUAGAUCUCUGCCUUGACCGAGUAAGGAAAUUGGCUGAUAACUGCACUGGACUACAAGGGUUUUUGGUGUUCAGCGCUGUCGGUGGUGGUACUGGCUCUGGUUUGGGAUCUUUGUUGUUAGAACGCUUGUCUGUAGAUUAUGGAAAGAAAUCUAAGCUUGGGUUCACUAUCUACCCUUCACCACAGGUUUCGACAGCAGUGGUGGAACCUUACAACAGUGUUCUAUCUACUCACUCCCUUCUUGAACACACAGAUGUGGCUGUGUUGUUGGACAAUGAAGCUAUCUAUGACAUCUGCAGGAGAUCACUAGACAUUGAGAGGCCAACAUACACGAAUUUGAACCGUUUGAUAUCACAAAUCAUUUCAUCAUUGACAACCUCUUUGAGGUUUGAUGGUGCCAUUAAUGUUGACAUCACAGAGUUUCAGACUAACCUUGUGCCAUACCCCCGAAUUCAUUUCAUGCUUUCGUCGUAUGCCCCUGUUAUCUCGGCUGAGAAAGCAUACCAUGAACAGCUAUCAGUACCCGAGAUCACAAAUGCCGUGUUUGAGCCUUCAAGCAUGAUGGCCAAGUGUGACCCUAGGCAUGGAAAAUACAUGGCUUGCUGUCUAAUGUACAGGGGAGAUGUUGUUCCUAAGGAUGUUAAUGCCGCUGUUGCUACUAUCAAAACUAAGAGGACUGUACAAUUCGUUGACUGGUGCCCAACUGGCUUUAAAUGCGGUAUAAACUACCAGCCUCCAACAGUUGUACCGGGCGGUGAUCUUGCCAAGGUGCAACGCGCAGUUUGCAUGAUCAGCAACAACACAGCCGUGGCCGAGGUCUUCUCCCGUAUUGACCACAAAUUCGAUCUCAUGUACGCCAAGAGAGCCUUUGUUCAUUGGUACGUCGGUGAAGGUAUGGAAGAGGGUGAGUUCUCGGAAGCUCGUGAAGAUCUUGCAGCCCUCGAGAAAGAUUACGAGGAAGUCGGUGCUGAAGGCGCCGACGAUGAAGAGGAAAAUGAAGACUACUGAAGAUCGUAAUAAUGAUAUGAAUAUGAUGUUGUUGAUGUAUUUGUAUCAUGGUCACCUCACCUCUCUCUUAUAUUUUGCUUUUGCAAGUGUUUUGUACGAUCAAAUUUUAAAUCUUUGUUUUAAUGCAAUGGAAUUGUAAGAAUUUUUAUGUACUUAAGUCAAAUCAUAUGUGUUCCCUUUUUGAUAUUAAUGAAAUGAUUCUUUUUUGAAUCAUAACUUGCAGAUAA